AUUUUUGGUUUUGUAGAUUAUGUUCUAACCUCAAAUUCCUAACCUUAAAAUCCGGUGAAAACAACGAUAAAUGCGACCGAAUAGUGUAACAAAAUCGCUUUAAAAUGAUUGGAAUGUUUAGGAUUCAACAAUUCGUCCAAAAUGUGGUAAAAAGACCCACUUUUGCGAUAUUCCCACGAGUGAGAAAUUUCACCGAAAAACCAUUAGACGUUAACACAAAUGUGGUGAAAGACGUUAUAUUAUUUAAAUACGACAAUCCCCGAUUUUUCAAGAUAAUCAAUAUUUUUGCUGGGUGUCAGUUCCUCUUCUGGUCUUAUCUUUCAGUCUUUGCAUACACCAGACUUCGAGAUGCACCAGUCGACCACUCACAGGAGACAACUUGGUGGCGCAAAAUCAAUCUUGGUGAAAACAAGUACAGAAAUGCGCUGACACUAAUAUCGUUUAUAAUAGGAUAUGGUAUUUUGAGUGUAACUUGGAUGUUUACGUUAAGAUCGGUCCGAUAUUUGGUUCUGCAUCAAGGGGGUCAAAAUUUGUCUUUUGUAACAUACACGCCUUUGGGGAAAAAUCGCAUUUUUACAGUGAGCUUGAAAAAUGUGAAUUGUAAAGAGUCAAGAAGUGUUGCUACGUCUCAACUGCCCAUUAAAGUAAAAGGGCAUUAUCUUCAUUACAUUUUGGACAUGAGGGGUGAAUUUAAAAACCCGACAUUAUUUGACCACACUGCGGGAUUACGCCGUAAAUGGAGGACAGCCGCAUAAUUUGACAUGUGACUCAAUUAGGUAUAAUAAAAUCUUAUUUAUUA